GAGGCUGCCGGGGAGAGAGAGAGGGGGACAGGAGGACAGUCUGCGGAGGACAGUGCGCACGCAUCGAGCGGAACCACAACCGGUGGGACUGGACCUCAUAAUAAAGCGGAGAAUAACCAGUCAGCGCGACGCCGCCCUCUCUCUCUCUCUCUCUCUGUCUCUCUCUCUGUCUCUCGCACGCGCGCGCUCUGUUUCUCUCUCCCUGUGUGUGCGUGUGCGCUCUCGAGCUGAAGUGCGUGCGGCGCGCCUCCGGUGGCGCAUUCGCGCGUUCGCGUGCUGCUGCUGGUGGUGGUGGUGGUGGUGUGUCCGCGGUGCGAACCUCGCCGUGCCCGAUGCCGAGCGAUGGAGGCGGCGCUGCGCCAGUGCGAGCUCCUCCAGAACAUGAUCGACAUCUCGCUGUCCAGCCUGCAGGGCCUGCGCACCAAGUGCGCCGCCAGCAACGACCUCACGCAGCAUGAGAUCCGCACGCUGGAGGUGAAGCUCAUGAAGUACAUCUGCAAGCAGCUGCAGUGCAAGUUGAAGGUUCCGGAGACAGAGCGACCGCAGGCCCUGGACACGUACCCACGCCUGGGGGACUGGCUACGCACCGUCAGCCUGAGGCCCGAGCUCAUAGAGGCGCUGCCUGUGAAAUUGUCGUUGGAUGCCUUGCUGCAGAUGCCCGGCGCUCAGGUGCGAGAGACCAUGAGGAGCCUGGGAGCCACUGCGGAGGAGUGUGUUCGGCUCUGCGCCGCCCUCUCCUGCUUAAAGAGUGCCACCGAAUCAGGAGAGUGUAGUGAGGACGGAGGCUGCUGGUUUUCCGAGCCCACUCGACGAGACAGUGGAGGUCUUAUCCCAGCGGACCAGAUCCCUUUACUUGGAAGUCUGACACGCCCACACAGCCCUUCUCCUCUUGCCCGGCCCCCUACUACUCCCACCACACCCACCGUGCCCACCACGCCCCUCGUCCCAUGCUUUCAUUCGCGUCAUCUUCCGCCCAACCCAGAGGCCCACAUCUACCACGGCUACGCUGAGAGCUUGACAGACCCGAGCCCAUACUACUCGUCCUGGCCUGUCCGUCUUCAUGGACACUCCUCCACCCCGCCCAUAACACCGCCCUCGAAGAGGAGGCAUCGUCUAAAGCCACCUUGCACGCCACCACCGCCGUCACGCAAGGUACUCCACGUCCUGCCCAACAUUACCCUGACACGCAGCAAGAGCCACGAGAGCCAACUGGGCAACCGUAUCGAGGAGACACCCACCAACAAGUGCGGGAAGAAAAACAAGCUGUUCCUGAACGUCCAGAUUAACGGCAAUGCUUGCGACGAUUCGCCGUCUCGCUCUCCGCUGCUUUCCACGCGGACACACGCUGCUGUGCCAGCUACAGCCCCUUACACCUUGCCGGGGACACCCACGCUCCUGGAGGAACAUCAUGGAGGCCUGAGAAAUAACAUCACAGUCCAUCGCAGCUCUCCACAGGCAGUGAGGAGAGACAUCGGCCUGGCUGUCACUCACAGGUUCUCUACCAAGUCGUGGCUCUCGCAGACGUGUCAAGUGUGCCAGAAGAACAUGAUCUUUGGAGUGAAAUGCAAACACUGUAGGUUAAAGUGUCAUAAUAAAUGCACGAAAGAGGCUCCUCCCUGUCGGAUAUCGUUCCUUCCCAUCACAAAGAUCCGAAGGACGGAGUCCGUGCCGUCAGAUAUCAACAAUCCGGUGGAUCGUCCGGCCGAGGCACCGCAGUUUGGCACGUUACCAAAGGCAAUAACCAAGAAGGAACAUCCACCUGUGCUGAAUCAGCUGGACUCCAGCAGUAACCCCUCAUCCACCACGUCCUCCACCCCAUCAUCUCCUGCCCCAUUCCAGCAGAGUAACCCUCCCAGUGCCACACCGCCCCCCAAUCCUUCACCCAAAAACCACCGCGACAACCGCUUUAACUUCCCAGCUGCCUUCUACUUUCAGCAUAGACAGCAGUUUAUCUUUCCUGAUGUGUCUAGUUCCAACACACUUCAUCCAGAAAGCCUACCGGAUACAGUGAAUGAGACCGACCAAUCAGAGGAGGAUGUGCACGCCGAGCUGGCUGAGGAUGAGCAUGAAGACGGAGAGGAGAAAGAGGAAGCUGAGGAUGCGGAAGCAGAGGAGCAAGAUGAGGCGAGCGUGGAAGAGGAAGAAGGGCAGGAGGAAGCCGAGGAGGAGGAGGAGGAGGAGGAAGAACAGGAGGAGGAUGAUGAAGUGAGCUUUGAAGACACAAAUGGAGGCUCAGAUGGUGAAGAUGAUGAACUAGAUGAUCUGCCCAGUGCAAAAGGCCGUGGCCCCUGGAAGGGUCCUGUCUCACGCAAGCCCAGUCAGACCAGCGUCUACCUGCAGGAGUGGGACAUCCCUUUUGAGCAGCUUGACUUGGGUGAGCUGAUAGGCAAGGGACGCUGGGGACGGGUACACCGGGGCCGCUGGCACGGCGAGGUGGCUAUCCGCCUACUUGAGAUUGAUGGCAACAAUCAGGACCAUCUCAAGCUUUUCAAAAAGGAGGUGAUGAACUACAGACAGACACGCCAUGAGAAUGUGGUGCUGUUCAUGGGGGCCUGCAUGGCUCCGCCUCACCUCGCCAUCAUUACCAGCUUCUGCAAAGGCCGGACAUUAUACUCUGUUGUGAGAGAUACAAAGAACACGCUAGACAUCAACAAGACAAGACAGAUUGCACAGGAAAUUGUGAAGGGAAUGGGGUACUUGCAUGCAAAGGGGAUCGUUCACAAGGACCUGAAAUCAAAGAAUGUCUUUCAUGACACGAACAAAGUUGUAAUUGCUGACUUUGGGCUUUUUGGGAUUUCUGGAGUGGUUCAAGAGGGAAGGCGAGAGAAUGAGCUGAAGCUUCCUCACGGCUGGAUUUGCUAUCUGGCUCCAGAGAUUGUGCGCAAAAUGAGCCCUGGCAACAACGAGGACCGCUUGCCCUUUUCCAAUGCAGCUGAUGUUUACGCCUUUGGCACUAUUUGGUAUGAGCUGCAAGCAAGGGACUGGCCGAUCACUAACCAACCAGCAGAGGCCACCAUCUGGCAAGUGGGCAGCGGAGAGGGCAUCAAGAAAGUCCUUGCGGAGAUCAGUCUGGGCAAAGAAGUCACGGAGAUCCUGUCAGCAUGCUGGGCGUAUGACCUGCGCGAAAGGCCCACAUUCACACAGCUGGCCGAUAUGCUGGAGAAACUGCCCAAGCUCAACCGCAGGCUCUCACACCCUGGACACUUUUGGAAAUCCGCAGAGAACGAAGAAAGAAUGUUGGAGAACUGAUGGACAUAUAAUCCAGUUUGUGAUUGGCUUAUUAAAGUUAACGCUGCUACAUCAUUGUAGACGUCAGUCAGGCAGGCAGACAGACAGACAGACAGACUGACUAAUUGAUAGAUAGGUAGAUAGAGCGAUAGAGAGAUAAAGAGAUAUUGACCUUUACAGUAGGUUGCUAGGUUUUAAGAUUAACAUUGUUUUUAUUUAUUUUUUAUUCCCCACCCUUACCCCUCUCUUCUUAUAUGUCCAUGAGCAGAAACUACACUAACAUCUGACCUUGUUUUCAUAUUAAUAAACAUCUUUUUUCCUUCUUAUUUGCAUGUUAACAACCCCACCUAUUUCUUUUCUCUCUUCUGUCUGACUUUCCUUUUCACUGUCCUUUAGGUUGUAGCUGAAACACUAAAGCAAUGCAAAAUAAAAAAUAAAAAAACCCGGAUUUGCCUUGCAUGCAUCCUGACAUAACAAACUCAUGGAUCCCGGGGAAAAACGAGAUGCACUUCCUGCUCCCAACGUUUCGCCGUGUGAUCUUCCGCCUUUGCUUGCUGUCCAUGGAGGGGAGUGCGCUUUGGCAAUGCACGGAUACUGAGCGGCUCUCAACUCCAGUGUUUUUGAUUAUUCCCUCUGGAGUGUACGCUGUCAGUCUCUUUUUUCACUCUCUUCUCUUGGCGUCUUGGCUGACUCUGGACUUACGAGAUGUAGCGUCUGCCAGGUGGAAUUUUUUUUCCCUCUUAUGGCAGCCCGUCUUUCUUCUUUUUGUUUUUUUCUAUACUUUUCCUCCCUUGUGAUUGGAUGCACCACGCCCUUUUCUUCUUACUUGCUACACUUUCAUUUUGGAUUCCAGCUCUUUCAAUGUGCACUAUUGCUUCUCUGAUACAUAGGCUCACUGGUAACGGUCUUUCUGCAUCAACUGACUAUAAAUGCUGUCACAUAGUUUGCUGUAUAGUGGUACCAGAUGAAGCCACACCAAAUGUCUUUUAAAAGAAUUGGAAGGCCAGAAGUAAAUGUUAUAUACCCUGAACCAGAAUGAUAAACAAACACAUUGGCAAUGACACUAGUAAAGGAAACAACCUCCAGCAUGAAUUGCAUGUCUAAAUAAUCACACACUCACCUCAGAAGAUAUUUUUGGCUGAAUAAUGAAUAAGUCUGAAAGUAUAUAACAAUUUAAAUUACAUUCAGCUAAUCUAUCUUCUAUACAUAUAAUAAAAAUGUAAAGUUGGCGGGUCUGUGCAUUGGAGAUAUUUGCCAGUAAAUUAUAUGGGGGGACGUAAGAUGAGUAACAGGACACAUCAAGAUGUUUUAUGGGAUUUUUGUUUGUGCAUGCAUCAUGUAAAAACUACUAAAUGAAUUCUAUCGGGGUUUUUACUGGUGUAUUUGGCUGAGUUUGCAAUAACUCAUAGGUUUUGUAUCAUCAUCGGCCCACAGGAUAAGAAGAUAUGUUAAUUUGAAAUUUAAAUGAAAAACGCCUUUAUAAAAAAAUCAACCUUGGAAAAUAAACUUUAAAAUUCAACAUA